CCGUCAGUAUGGCCUUGUACGGCUGUGCAUUGGAACCAGAACACGAUUGUAGGCGCGUUGCGCUACUAUCGAGGCCUUUCGUACCGAAACAGGGUCCUGGAUACGACGUCAUGGCGCACUCUCAACCUCGGCAUGUCGCCAACCCAUUGGAGAUGA